AUGGAGAACCAGAGACAAGUCGCAGGCCAGUUUUCAUUUGAAAUUGAAGCAACAGAGAUUUCCACCCUCGAGAUUAUUCACUCUGUCUUGGAUUUGAGAGGCAGCUACACGACACAAGGCGACGAGCCCAGGAGAACCGUUCCGAACAACGUCGAAGGGGAAGCACAGAUGAAUCAUCACUGAACGUCCAUGGUCUCAAGCGCAGUAACACAGCAACCGCAGGAGCUGCUGACGGUGGAGGUCACCAUGGCUCUUCAUCCGUUUCAUCUUUCGUUAGUUGCAGGGAUCCAGCUUGUGUUGUGGAACCGGGGCGGUUUUCCAAACCGGGUUCCUUUAGUGGCUUUAGGCCCAGACCAAAGGGAAAAAAACCAGGUGGAUGAGGUUAGUAUAGUAAGUAUAUAGGAGCGAAAGUGAGUUGUGUGAAGGAGAGCGAGAGAUAAGAAAGAAGAAUGGCAAUGGCAGGUUGUGCACUGGUAUCCACCUUCCCCCUCAAAUUGAAGCCUCCCAAAACGAAAACCUCUUCUUCCAAUCUCCUUCAUCCAGAGCUUGCCUUCGUCACUUCCCACCUCAGCGGCAUCAAAAUUUCGUACCACCCUUCUCCCACGCCCCUUCUUGCGCCCAUCUCUCCCAAGUUCUUACCUUUCCAGCCUCUUGCUCGGAGAGUUUGUCCUUUCACUGGAAAGAAAGCAAACAAGGCCAACAAAGUAUCUUUCUCAAACCACAAGACAAAGAAACUGCAGUUUGUAAACCUGCAGUACAAGAGGAUUUGGUGGGAAGCUGGGAAGCGCUAUGUAAAGCUUCGGUUAUCAACCAAGGCAUUGAAAACCAUAGAGAAGAAUGGACUCGAUGCAGUUGCAAAGAAAGCUGGAAUUGACCUCCGGAAGAAAUAAGACCACCUGAUUAUGGGGAUGUAGUUGUAAGAAAGAACAAAUUCAAGUUAGUUGAUAUUAUUUGUUGAUUUUGUUUUUAAGGUUACUUUUAGGGACAAUGGGUGAUUCUAGCAGUGAUUGAAAGAAGAUAUUGUGAGAAGCACAAACGGAAUAUCUUGAGAAUUGAUAUGCACUUUGUAAUGCCUGCAUAUUUUUAAUUUAAGCUACACAAAUCAGCCUUCUUAUCGAUUA